AUGGGUUGGUUUUGGGCAGAUCAGGAAAAUGCAGGCAAAAGCAUCACCGCGAUUACCCCGGCAGCAGGUGCGAGAUGUCCCGUAAUGCAUGAGUCCUCGUCCGAGUGCCCAGUCAUACAGGCAGAUAACGAAGGAAUAAACCCGCUGAAUAAUAUGCCCGUGCUGGCCGCGUCCAAGCAGCCUGGCCAGAAGUUGGACCUGCCCGUCGACCGGACGAUCUCCAGCAUACCAAAGAGCCCAGAUAGUAGCGAGUUCUGGGAGUAUCCCUCUCCGCAACAAAUGUACAAUGCCAUGGUCAGGAAGGGCAAGAUCGGCAAUAGUGGCGAAGUCGCCGAAGACGCGGUCGAAUCCAUGGUGCAGGUCCACAACUUUCUAAAUGAAGGCUGCUGGCAGGAAGUGCUCGAAUGGGAAAAACCGCACACCGACGAGAGCCACGUGCAACCCAAGCUACUCAAGUUCAUGGGGAAACCGGGCGUCUUGAGUCCUCGCGCCCGUUGGAUGCACCUGUGCGCCCUGCUGUUCCCUGCCCGCUUCAGCCAAGAACUCCCCUUCGACAGGCACGACUGGAUAGUACUCCGAGGCGAGCGUAAAGCGGAACAACAACCACCGACCUUCAAGCAGGUCAGAUACGUCCUGGACUUCUACGGAGGACCUGACGAUGAAAACGGAAUGCCCACUUUCCACGUGGACGUUCGCCCUGCCCUCGACAGCAUGGAUAAUGCUAAGGACCGGAUGACCCGUUUCCUCGACCGGAUCAUCUCGGGCCCGUCGUCCUCUUCGUCCUCGGCCCCUUAA